GUUUCGAUGCUCUCGGAGAUUUGUUGAAGCCAACGGUUCCAACGCACAGCGCUCCUCCUCCUCCUCCUCCUCAGAUGGCCCUUCAUCAUGGAGGAAAGCUGCUAGCCAACGACCUCGACUCCUCUCUGGCCAACCUCGUGGGCAACCUGCAGUUCGGUGGGACCCCAGCCAAGAAGCCAGACAUGCAGUGGAACCAUCCAGGAGAGAAGAAGCUGACUGGAGGACACAACUGGCAGAAUAAAACCAUGUCGACUACGCAGUGGGGCCCAGCGCCCAUGGCUCCUCAGCCCAUCCCUGUUCAGCACGUGGCUCCAGCUCCCAUGGCUUUCCCCAUGACCACACCGCAAGUGCCUGUGUAUGGAAUGGUCCCUCCCCAGAUGGGUCAGAUGGGUGGGGUACCAGUGAUGGCUCCUCAGCCAAUGAUGUACAACCAGCCUGUUCUCAGACCCACUAACCCCUUCGCACCCAUGCCCGGAGCCCAGAUGCAGUUUAUGUAAUCCAGUCAGGGGGGGAAGCAGAGUGCCAAAAGCGACAAACAAACAAACAAACAGAAGAAGAAGAAAAACACACAAGAGGACGAUCACACGGACGGAGGAAUGAUUUUAUCAAGUUAAAACGACUUAAGAGACAGACAGACGACAAGAUAACCAACCCACACCAAAAAAAAAACAACAAGAUGGAAAGAUGAGGAGAAGAUGACCCUAACAGAGGACGGAGGGAGGGAGGGAUGGAUGAAUGGAUGGAUGGAUGGAGGGGAGAUGUGGUCCUGCCUGGUUGUCGUCUGAAACAACUCCUUGCAAACGUGCAUGAUUGUGUGUAUGUAUGUGUGUGUGUGUGUGUGUGUGUGAUGCUACUUUCUGUUAUAUUUCAGUUUUUAAAAUCCAAUCGAUGGAGUGAUGUUCAAUGAGAUGGAAUAAGGACGAGAGAGAAUGUUGGAGAGAAAGAUGGAGAGAAGCAGGAAGGGAAUGGAGGAAAUCCUACCUCUGGUUUUUGCAGUCAGACUGUAUCUACAGUAUAUCUGACUGCUGUGAGAGUCUCAGCUGCAAGAAUUAGCUUUAUUUCAUACUGGUGCUAUUUUGUCUCCUCUGGGCUACUGUGCGCCUGAAACGGCAACUUGGGAGCACUUAGUAGAGGACAAGAGUUUGUUCAGUGUGUGUGUGUGUGUGGGGGGGUUUCAGGUGUGUGUGUGUGUGUGUGUGUGUGUUUAUGUUUGUGUGCAGUUAUUUCAGACAACACCUUCGCAAACCGACCCUCCUCUCCAUCCCCCCCCUUCCCUUAUUCGCCGUCCACAUCCACACAACUGUCCAAUCAGUGAGAGAUUUAGAGGCGAAUCCUCUCUCCGAGUGUGUGUGUUUCCUGUAGUUUCUUCCGCUCUGUUUGGGGGAGGUGGGGUAAUAUCUUUGUAAUUUUUUUUCAAUCUGUUCUCCUUCUUGCAACCUCUCCUGUGAAUGUCCUGAAUAUAUCGGGGCUUUUUUGUUGUACAGCGAUUUUGUUUGAAACCAUUUGUUGAUAGUAGUUGAGCGUUUUGUUGUUUAUUGGAGUUUUUAAAAAAGCUCAAAUCUUUUGCUCAUACUGCGUUCAUUUCUCCUCUUAAAGAUACAGAUACACACAGAUACAUACAGGGGGUUAGUGUCCAUGCGGGCCCCAAAAGGGUUAAAUUUGGGCUGCAAAUAUGGGUCCCAUGUGGGUUUGUCCAGAGUUUCCAUGAUGGCCCCAUCUGCCC